AUGUGGCUGAAGGGCCUCCUUCCAGUUAUGUUAAUCUUCACGUUCCUGUUCAUGGCGGCCCAGUGGUUUGGGCUUCGAGGACAGGCGUGCAACGAAGAUCUGGAAAUUGCUUCACGCAGGACCGCUCCAGAUUUCGAAUGGUGCAAGCCUUCCAAAGUUGUGCCGUACACAGGAUCCGCAGAGCUUCCUGCUUUUCGAAUCCGCCUUGGUAUCGGGAGUGGGGCUUGCUCGACUCUUCUCAGUGUGUUUGAGGCGGCGAUGUAUGCCAUGCAACAACAACGGAGGUUCUUUCUGGAUGAGAAUGUUACACGUCUCAAGGGCAACCGCACAACUUGGUAUCGCCAUUUUUUCCAGCCGAUUGGCGAAGCUUUUACGCAGCCUUUUGUUGACAUUGCCUACACAAAAGAUGUGACUCGCCUGACGAGGAACGGCACAAUCACAUUCAGGAAUCAGACCAUGAGAAAGAUUGAUAUGAAGCGCUCCAUCUUAAGACAGGUCUGGCAGUUUCAGCCGUCGGUGCAGCAAGAUGUCUGCCACCUGGUACACGGCCUGCAUCUGCAUCAUCCAUACAUUGCGAUGUUCAUUCGACUGGGCGACAAGCUGACAGUUGAGCAUCGAGUUCCGGUCCCUUUGGAAGACUACAUCGACACACUUCUUGGGGUAUCUCUGAAUGGACUGGUGCGAACUGUUUUUGUUGCUAUGGAUGACUGCCGAGUUCUCCAGAAGUUGCAGGCAGCUGCCCCCAUGUUCAAGUUCUUGAGUCUGUGCGAUGUUGAGUUCGGGACGGGGUUCAUCAUGGACAAAGACAGCAAGCGAGAUUUGGAGGCCCACUUCCUAAAGUUCUUUGGGGAAUUGACGGUCAUGGCUGAAGCCGACACACUCAUCGGAGAUCGUCAAUCCAAUGUGCAUCAUUGGGUUGCACUGAUGCGACGGAUUUCAUCCAGCAAUGUCAGUCUUAUCGAUGUCCGGCAGCAUCCGUACAUGACGGCAGAAGUUCCAUGA